AUGAGUAGGUGGCUCUCUGCAAGCUUUACAGAAGAUCUCUCCCGUGGUUCGCAUGACUAUCUCCGCAUAGAGGAGACCUUGACCUUUCCGGCUAAGAUGAUACAGUAUGAGCUCUAUGCAUUUGUCAAUCAUCUGGGUACAAGUAUAGAACAGGGUCAUUAUGUCUGCUACACACAGAGUCCGUACGGUGACUGGGGGGAAUUUAAUGAUGCAAAGUUCUCCGCAAAGACGCUUGCAGGCCUCCAAUCUCACGAACAGAAUCGCAAGGAUGUUUAUAUCUUAGCUUACCGGCGGAUACAGCCUGUACCUUCACGAUCAAGAUCGCCAGCAAAAUCCCAAGGUCGGGAAGAGGGUAUAUCAAUUGCGCAGCCUUCUCAUGGCGUAACACUGAACGAGUUGAUUAAGCUCAAGGGAAGAGCCGUUCAGUGGACCCUCGAGCAAGAGCUGGCGCCUCUUGGAAAGAGUCAAGCGCUAAUACAAGUGAAGUCGGCUAGAGCCAGAGCGCAGCGGGCAGAGGUACGAAUAAAGCUCACAAGUACCAACGGUGAAGCCCUCGAAGGCCGAGGAUUUGUUUCCCUGCACCCGAAUAUCAUUCCUGGGCAAUUGACAUCUUCCGUAUGCAGAGCAGGAGAGGCUGGUGGGAGGGAACACCAUUUAAAUGACUCGAAUGAACUCCCGUCCAUUCCAAGAAUCCCGGAGAUCGUUCUUCGAACCAUCAAUCCAAUGGCAUCUCCCAACUGUAAAGGUCGGACCAAUACAUUUUCCCCUGUUCAAUUUGUUGAUCAGGUGGCUUCUGUCCUUUCAAGCCAGAAGACCGACUCUGGGAGAAAUGAUCAUCUUCGCCAGCAACAACAGCAAUAUCCAGCCUUUGGGAGAGGUCAACCUCGCGACUUUUCUGCAACCCAGGUGGCAAGCUUGAAGCCCCUGUUGCUGGCUCUUCACUGUCUCUUCCCUCACGAGCUCUUGCUUGCCCUAGACAUCCUCGAUCGAGGCCUGGUAAGACGCUUGUCAUCAUCCUACGACGUGACAGGAAGUUUCACGUACGCUGUGGAUCUUACCGCUCAGGCCCCUUCGCCCGACACAACGGAGGAUAUAUUCCUAGUGCAUUCAGCCUCGGUGGUUUUAGAGCAAUCUUCAUCCCGGGCUCAUACCUCCGAUGCAGAAAUCGAGAUUAAAGCCUACGAAGUCCGUCUGCAAGCCUGGAGCUGCACGUGUCCUAUAUUUACCUUGGCGUCAUUUCGUGGGCCGAGUAUACCAUCAGUAUCCAGGCCUGAGAUGACAGCCUUAUCAACUGCUGCUACGACUGCUGCUGCGGCUACCGAGUCAUCCCCACGCCCAGAAUUUCUGAUGUCGCAUGGCAUGUAUCCGUUUGGGGGAAUGCUGACACGCGGACCAGCCCGGUCUUCACCCCCCGUUUGCAAGCACCUACUUGCGAGUUGGCUAGCUGCUCGCUGUCCCAACCUAUUUAACCAAGGAAACGAUGCCGUCGUCGGUGCCAGUACUGAGGAGCUGGCGGGUCGGUAUGCUGGUUGGAGUGGAUAAACAUGUUACGUUUAUCCCAGGAUCGAAACGGGGUUGCAAUGAUCAGGUAUAAGGAAUGGACUGCCUCAAGACAUAACCGGAAUCUGUAGGUAACGGAUUACAGAGCAAGUUGCGUCGUAUCCUCCAUGUCAUGCCACACUACUAUGAUCAGACGUGUGCAAGGCUACCAC